AUGAGGAAAAGACGUUUUAAACUUUCCAGUAAGCUUCUAUACGAAGGCGAGGGGUGCACUGUGGAGCUGAUCACCGAUGGGAGGAGCAUGAUCAAUUUCACAACUGGAAUGGAAGACAGUAAAUGUAGUAAACUGGAAGACUGCAACACUGGCGAUUUUCGGGAUGGUUUUUCAAAUCUACUACCCUUCGCCUACAGCAGAACCAAUAAGGAACUCGAAAAGCUCAACGAGAGUCCGCUGUAUGAUGAUCUUGUUGUGUGUGGUGAAAAAAACAAGUGCGAGAAAGAAAAUCAAAAGUGCAUGAAGCAUACAUUUCUUGAAGUCUCAUGGAGUGGAUGCAACGAGGACAAUAUUUAUCAUGUAUACGCUCACACUCAUCUAAUUGGUGAAGCGGAGAAAGGCUUGGAUCAAAAAAGACGAGGUGGUGAUAAGAUGGAAUUCAAUCUGCGCAUAGCUGAUGAUAGCAGCUUCACAAUGGAUUUUGAGAAACCUGCAAAAUUUGACACCAAAGUAGAGUCGAUUAGCUGCGUUCCAAAAGAAAAUGCCAUUGUCAGACCAGAAAAAUGGAAAAUCAAAAAGGGAGUUGGAGACCUGGAGGGUAAACAUCUGCUCGUCUUUCAUCUACUUCCGAAAACGGCUACACGAACAUACAAAAAGAACAAGUUUGAAGGAAAACCUGCGAAACAAAAACCGAAAUGUGAUCUCUUCAUUAGCUUUGUAAGCUUUUCAUUUUUUACAAAAAUUCAACUAAUUUUUAUUUUUUAG